AGGCGGGAUCGGGUUUCACAUCCUGAUCCUGUCUCGCUCAGGAGCAACAGACUUCGCUCAGCCUGAGGGGCACAAGGAGGGAAGCCCGGGCGCCGCGGCCCGAGCGGGGACAUGGCGGAAAGAUUGGAUGGAAAUCAUCGAGCCCCGUUCUCGGGAGCGAAUGUAUGUCAACUUGACAACUGGCGAGUGUGGCUGGGAGCCACCAUGCAACCUCAGAGUUCGUCAGUCAGAUGAGAACCAGUGGUGGGAGCUCUUUGACCAAAACAACAACCGUUUCUACUACUACAAUGCCAUCACACAGCAAACAGUGUGGCAUAGGCCCCAGGGCUGUGACAUUGUGCCACUGGCUCAGCUCCAAGCCAUGAAACGCAAUUCCCAGUCUGACUUCAGGACAUCCCAGCACAGGGGCAGCACAAGUAGUGAUGGGCGAAGCACGCCUAUCCAGAUGGCUCUUGUACAGGAGAUGGAGAAGGCUAAAGAGGACAACAGUGUUGAGAAGAGAUCGGAGACUGGAAGGGACACUCCUACCCGGUGGCAGCCUUUACCAGGGACUAAAGCAGCCAUGCUAGUCAAAGUCAGCAGUCUGAGACAAGUUAAUUCUUCCUCAAGCAAUUCACUUCAGAUGCAGAGCAACGCAGAAACCAGCAGUCAGAAAUCUCUGCAUCCAAAACAAGUUAUAUAUGCCCAACCUCAGUCUGUACCCCCAAAUCCAGCAACUCCAAAAACAGCAGCUCCAACAGAAAUAAAGCAAUCAGUGCAAAUUAAGAAGACAGAGAAUGGAGGGUUUUGUCUAGUGUUAACUAGCGGGCUCACUUGUCAGCCUCCUUCAGGGACUCAGACACAAACAUCACAACCUUCAUCUCCCAAGUAUGCUUCUCCAGUACCAAUAUAUGAUGAGCCAUCAAUUGACUCUCCAAUUUACGAUGAGCCCCCUGUAGAUAUGGACACUGUGAGUGUAAAUGUGAAUGGGACAACUCCCCAAAUGUCACCAAGCAAUAGCUUAAAUAAGAAACCCCAACCAAUUAAAUUAUUACAGCAUCCAAGUAUACAGCAGCACCAAGCUGGAAAAAAGCAUGUGAGAAACCCUUCUGCAACUGAGUACAGCCCUGUUGGAAGAGAAUAUAUUAAGCAUAUGGUCAACAUUGACCAAUCAUCCAGAAAUUCUCACUCUACAGGUGUGAUUGUUGAUGGCAUUGCUAAACCACAACUAGGGCAGCUUAGUUCCAGGGAGAGCUUCAAGCAGUCUUGGAAAGUCUUAGAAGCAAAUGUUCUCAAAAAUAUGGAGGCCCACCACAGUCGGCAAAACAGUCUUCAGGUUCAAGAAUAUCCUACAGUAAUAAGUCAGCAAGACUCUGGCUAUUCAACAGGACCUUCUCCAAGCCUGAGAAAGAGAAAAGGAAGACGACAAGCUCCAGGCCAGGGAAGGCCUGGCUCUGUGGGCAGCAGCAGUGAACUCAAUGCCUUGAAUGACAAGCUGAUUGCAGAAAUGCGUGCUGUGGUGAAUCGAUCAGCAACAUGCAGAGGAAGUAAAGGCAGCUUAGAUGCAGAAAUGCUGGAAAAUGCGAGUUUGCCAGAGAGUAAUAAAAUCACAUUUCAAUCAGAUCGCUUGAAAAAAUGUAAUAGUAGGAGCUCAAGAGACGAUGUGACUUCUAGUAACAGGUCAUUGUAUAGACCUAGAAUGGACAGUAGAGGGAGCCUCUCAAAUGAUCCAGUGGUACAGCAAGACCCUGUGAGGCAGAAGAGAACCUACGAAAAAAUAGAUUCUUUAGAAAAGAACGUGGCUAGUCAGAUAAAUCUGUCUUCAUUGGAAUCAGCACAAAUACCAUCCCAGUCUGGAACAAUAAGGUCUGAUUCCCAGCAAGAGAAUAAUGACCAGCCUAGCACCAACAUGGGAUAUCAGUUUCCCUUCCACACCAUACGAAAACCUAUCUCUCAAAGCAGCAUGGCUGACUGGGCUUCCAAAAACCUAAAUAUGCACACUCAGGGCAUCUUUCGCCGAAGGCUUUCCAUUGCCAACAUGCUCUCAUGGAAUGGUGGCUCCAUCAAAAAGCCAAUGCUCAUCAAUAGCAACCACACCAUUAAAAAGGAAGCUUGCGAAAUAUUUAAACUGGUACAAAUCUACAUGGGUGACCGACAAGCUCGGAUGGACCGAGAUCAUGUGGCUUUGAUCACUGUUGCGAAGUGCUGGAGCAUUCAAGGUUUACGGGAUGAGCUGUAUAUACAACUAAUCAGACAAACAACAGACAAUAUGUGCUACCGAAGCCUGGCAUGGGGAUGGGAACUCAUGGCUAUCAGUCUGGCCUUUUUCUCCCCAUCACCCAAGUUCCUGUCUUAUCUAGAAGGUUAUAUCUAUUGUCACCUCAACCAGGUCAAUGAUGAAAACAUUACCCAGCGCAUUAAGGAGCUUCAGGAUAUGAAAAACAAAAAGAACUCAAAAUCCAGAAAAAAGAGGAAGCAAAACACAGAGGAUGAAGGUCUGCCUAUCAGCACUUAUGCCAGAUACUGUUACCGAAAGCUGCAAAAGGUUGCAAUCACUGGAGGCAAAAAGGGUCUCCGGAAGCCCACAAUUGAGGAGAUAAUACAUGCCAAGAAUGCUAUUGUAACACCUUCACUGUUUGGCAGUUCUCUGGAGGAAAUCAUGUUACGGCAGCAGGACAUGUAUCCUGAUAACAAGCUGCCUUGGGUGCAAACACAGCUGUCUCAGCAAGUUUUGGAACUGGGGGGAGAACAGACUGAGGGAAUAUUCAGAAUUCCUGGUGACAUUGAUGAAGUUAAUGCACUAAAACUACAGGUUGAUCAGUGGAAGAUUCCUAAGAACCUUAGCGAUCCCAAUAUACCAGCUUCUUUGCUCAAACUGUGGUACCGGGAGCUGGAAGAGCCUGUCAUCCCACAGCAAUUCUACAAAGAGUGUAUCAGCAACUAUGAGAACCCUGAUGCUGCUGUAGCAGUAGUAGAACUCCUGCCCGAGCUCAACAAAUUGGUCUUAUGUUACCUCAUCCACUUCUUGCAGAUUUUCGCUCAGCCAACCAAUGUGGGCAAGACCAAGAUGGACGUAAACAACUUGGCCAUGGUUAUGGCCCCGAACUGUCUGCGAUGCCAAUCUGAUGACCCCAGAGUUAUCUUUGAAAAUACCCGUAAAGAAAUGUCUUUCCUACGCAUGCUAAUUGUGCACUUGGACACCAGCUUUAUCAAAGGAGUGGUGUGAAGGGUUAGCUUCAGGCAAGACAGUGUGAAGGGAGCAAGGAACUCUUGCCAAUAUUACCUUUGUUGAUCCUUGGAUCUUUCCCUCUCCAGGCUCCAGCUUCCUGGGAUUGUUUCAGUUGCUUUGUCAGCUGUUUCCUAGCCCCUGCAACAGUGCUAAUGACUCCAAGGAAAUCCUAAAAUAAUGGAAGUCAGUUGUGCUCAAAAGAGUUUUGAGGCAUCAGGGAAUCAAAUCUGCAAUAGCUGGUUCCUAGGAAGCCGGGAUGCUAGAGGCAACAGCUCCUGCAUAGGCAAAGCACAAGUGCUUUGCACUAUACUGGGAAUCCAUGGCAUGUUAGAAUUGGAAUCAUUUAUUGGGAACCUACUCUCAGAUACUUUGAUUUUGCCUCCGACAAUUGCAGAUUGGGCACUUCAUCAAUCAUGCUUCAGUCCCAGAAGGAAAAGGAUUGCUGUCUCUGGCUAUAGCCCGUAUCCUGUCCUUGAGCAAACCUACUGCAGCCAGCACUGCCAUUCACAUUGCUGGCUGCAUCAUUCUCCAACUGCUUUGAUGUGUCUUUUCUACCUUAAAGGGCAUCUCUCUUACCAAAGAUUCAGUUUUGCAACACUGGAUGGACACUGGCUUCUUACCCAAGUUGAUGCUCCUCAUGCCUGGGGUACUUUUACUACUCAGUUCAUAUUAACAGGACCAAGGGGGAGGCAUUGUUGGAAGCCAAGGUCGAGCUACUUAACAACGACAUUUUCCCAUAGUAAGAACAGUCAUGGACUGGAGUUUGGGAGACUGCCUGUCGUUUUCCUCUCCUGUCAUUUGGUACCUUAGAAAGAGGCUGAUAAAUCUCAAGCUAUUUUUGGCCCAAAUGUGCUUUUUUAUGGUUUGGGUUAGAUGUCUCAGACUGUAAUGAUCCUUGUGUCCCUCUUUAUUAAAGCUGAGUCACCGCAAUGUAAAUAACUUGCAGUUGUUUCCACAGAAUGGAACUUCCCCUGCGUGGAAACAGCAGUCAAUUAUGACUCCUGCUGCCUUUCUCUGACAUAGACUAAAAUCAGGUAUCAAGCUGUUGUGAAAGUGCUGGGAGCAGCUCGAAGGCUCUUAUUGAGCUCAAUAUUUGCCUGCUGUGUUCUGCUUCCCACUCAAGCGUACAAGGCCAAACUAGACAUUACAUAAGAACUCCAUGAUAAAAUCUCUUGACAUCUUUUUCUUUUGGUUAAAAGAAACUGCAGGGCAGCUGGUUUUGGUUUGGAUCCGGAUCCUUCAACUCCUUGGCACUUUCCAUAUUUAAAUUGCACUUCUGAAGCUGCUGUUAGCUGAGAAGUAAGGGUGUGCAAGGAAGGCCAGGAUCCGUAUAAUACCUGUCUCUUCCCCCCAUCUCUAACUAACAGUAGCUUCAGGGAAGGCUGUUGAAUUUAAGUUGGGCAAAUAGAGUGAGAAGGGUUAAGCCCCUCUCCAGUGCCACAGUCCAAAUCCUCCACCCCACCCACUCCACCAGUGACUGAUUUUAACCAAAGAAAAAGACAAUGAGAGAUCUAAUCAUGGAUUUCCAACAUCACAUUUAGUUUGGACCGCAGUCAGUGCUUCUGGUCUGAAAAACACAGGUUGUACUCUUAAGACGGAAAGGAGAAAGUAUGCUAAGCAAGAAGUACCAUUUAAUGGCAUAGUACUCUGGACUCCAUCCCACCCUUUCCCAAAAUGUUGGGCUUUUUUCACCAAGGCUGAAGUCUUGUGGCUGCUGCUGCCCCUGUCAGGGAGCCCAUGCUGAUUGAUUGGGGGAGGAAGAUGACUGCUGCCUCAGUAUUGCUGCUCCUUUCUUUUCGUAUAUUGCUGACACAGCUCUGAGAAACAGGGGUCUCACAUUUCCUGUGCCAGUAAUAGUGUGAUGAGUCUUAAGGACAAAUUAGUACUUCUAAGAUAGAUCUUGAUGCGAUCUUAAUGGAUAGAGAAAUGCACAUCAUCCUUUGACCUCCAGACACUGUGACUCUUACUAGGAGAUUUUUCUCUCUCACUAUAUGGAAUCAAACUAUUUGAGCCAGAUCUGUUGUCAAGUCAGACCCUUUAGCUUAGUUUGUGUGGUAAUGCCAAAGCCCCUGUUCACCUUUUAUAGUGUGCCUUUUCCCAGCUACUUUUUGAGAGUUAGCUUCUUUUCAAUUAAAUUAUCAAGAAAUUUGUGAUGCUAAUUUAUUCUAUCUAAACAAGACCAUCCUCUGAGACCCAAACUAAAUAUUAUGUGGACAUGCACACCUCACAAGUAACGUGGAGGAUAGAGGAGGAGGGAUACAAUUCAUUGCAUUAAUGUUUCCCUACUUUACAUUUUCCAGCAACUCCAAUAUCAUAACAUGUCACAUGACUUUUCAGCUCUUAUGUUGCUAGGGAGAGAAUGUGGAUGAUACCCACACAUCUGUCCAAAACAUGUUGUUUGAGCCUGAGCUGAGCCCAGAAUUCAGGUAAUCACUGUGACAUGCAUAGAAUGCUCUGUACUCUCUCCUACUGAGCUGCAUUUGAUUAAGUAAAUCAACCUGAAUUUUCUGAGGAGCUGGGUGCUAUUCAAAUAGGCUCUUUUAUCAGAAUUUGGCCAGUGCUCCUUAGAGAAAAUCUGAAAUGGGACUUUACUCUUUGCUCCAGGUUAUUAGAACUGGAAUCCUAUAAACAUUUAUUUGGGAGUGAGUCCCAUCAAACUCAGUGGAACUUAUUUCCAAGUAAAUAUGCAUAGGACUGAGUGUUAAAACAUUAGGUAAAAAACCUCCUACUGUUGACUCUUCUCAGACUUGCCAGAACCAGAGUAUCUUGGGCCUACCUCUGUUAAAAAUCUUGGAAUACGGUGUUUUUCUCUGUUUCAGUCAGAGCUCAUAUCCAUGCAGCAUGCUAUGGAUCUGGGUGGUUUGACUAUGUGUGGCUAAACAAUUGGGUGACUACACGCUGCACAAAUGUUUCUUUUUUAAAAUGGGAAGUAUUGACCAAUACUUAGGGUGUCAUACACCCCCACCCCAAAAAACACUAGCCUUUUAAAAAUUUGUUUCAGGAUGCCCUCUGGUUGCAUUCAUGUCUCAGAUUUAAACACUGCAGCCAACUACAUGUUGGGUAAUGAUUAAAAUUCCCCCUGGCACUUAGGUAUAACAGAAGCAUAGAAGGGCUGUUCUGUUAAUGCUUUCCCCUCAAGGGCUGUAAAAUAGGCUAAAAAUUACACUGGAUAUUGUUUUCUUUUUGCUAACAGGUUUGUAAAUGUGAAUCAGUAAAACAUACUGUCCCUUACUGUUGUUAAAGAAUAAUUAAACAUCU